AUGGACAAAAAAAUAAAAAGACCCAGACUAACUACAACGCAAACUAAAUUCCUGUCCGCCGUAUACGAACAAAACCAAAAGCCAAAUAAUAUCCUGCGUAAGGAAAUCUCAAAGGACUUUAAUAUUCCAAUUAGAACAGUCCAAAUAUGGUUCCAAAAUAAAAGAGCAAAAGAUAAGAGAUUAAGACAAAAUAAGACAGAUAUAAAUAUAAAUAUACAGCCAGAUACAGAUGAUAAACAUAUUACAAUCACAUCAUAUGAUGAAUAUUAUAAUAGUUUUAUAGAAGAAAAUUAUAAAUAA